AUGUGCAUAAACAUAUUGUGUUCAAUGCGCUGUAUGAUACCUCGAUCUCUCUGGCCGGCGUUUUGGGAUGGACCUGGGGGGUUUUCAUGGUCUGAUCAUUGGAUGGGCAUAGUUUCUCUUUUACUACUGGCAGGAAAAGUGCAAUGUAAUUGCUUGUUGAGUUUGACUACUGCUCCCUCGCUGUCGAAUGUUGGUUAG